UCUAGGCUGCUGCUCUUUCCGAUUAAAGUCGUUGAAUCGUGCAUACGUAUUGCCAGAAAAAUGACAUCCAAAGUCUCCCGUGACACCUUAUAUGAAUGCGUCAAUGGCGUUAUUCAGGGCGCAGAAGAGAAAAAAAGGAAAUUUGUAGAAACUGUGGAACUUCAAAUUGGACUGAAGAACUAUGAUCCCUCGAAGGACAAGCGUUUCUCGGGCACCGUCAAACUAAAGAAUAUUCCAAAGCCCAAGAUGCAAGUAUGUAUCCUUGGAGAUCAGCAGCAUUGUGACGAAGCUAAAGCUAAUAAUGUUCCUUUCAUGGAUGCUGAAGCUUUGAAGAAGUUGAACAAGAACAAAAAGCUUGUUAAAAAAUUAGCCAAGAAAUACGACGCUUUCCUGGCCAGUGAGUCAUUGAUCAAACAAAUUCCGCGUUUAUUGGGCCCUGGUCUAAACAAGGCUGGUAAAUUCCCUGGUCUUCUUUCUCAUCAAGAAUCUAUGAUUGCGAAAAUUGAUGAAGUUAAAGCCACAAUCAAAUUCCAGAUGAAAAAGGUAUUGUGCUUGUCCGUAGCCGUAGGACACGUUGGGAUGUCUCCCGACGAAUUGGUUCAAAACGUUCACCUGUCAAUCAACUUUUUGGUGUCCCUACUGAAAAAGCACUGGCAAAACGUCAGAUCCUUGCACAUUAAAUCUUCGAUGGGAACGCCGCAAAGACUUUAUUAAAACGCUAUUUUUAAUUGAUAGAUGUUCUUUUAUUGAACUGAAAUAAAGCGCAAAACAUCAGCAUAUUCACAGAA